AUGAACAUGCAUAGUGACGAACUCUCAAGCUUAUCCAAUAUUAACCUUACCGCGUAUCAAUCUCCGAUGGCCGCUUUUCUAGAAUUAUCCAACCUGACUUACUUCGAACAAAAGCUUUUGCUCAAUCCGCCUUAUGGUCUUUUUGCUUCUCUCGAAUCACUUCUCGAUCCAAUACGCAAAAAACACACGAGAAAAGAUGCUCCUCCUCCUCGCCCGAGAAAUUCCUGGCUCAUAUUUCGCAGCAAUUUUGAGAGCUUAUUACGCAAUUCCUGUUCGAAUCAGCCACUUACAAUUCAAGAAAUCUCCAAGUUGGCGAGUAAACAUUGGAAAGAACAAUCAAAGGUAGUCAAGCGAUAUUUCAAAGCUCUUUCUAACUUGGCACGUUAUAUACACAAGGGUAAAUAUCCUGGCUACACUUACCGACCAAGAAAGUCGAAACAUAACAGGAAAAAAAAUUGGGAGUUUAAAAAGAUAGAUAAAGAGAGAAUUCUGAGAACUAAAUUUUACAAAAACGAUGCAAGUGGAAAGAGUAAUGAAGAACAGAAGGAAAGUUAUGAAUAUCUUGGCAUUGAAGACGACGGUAGCAACGAAAAUUAUUGGAAUGAAAACAGUAACAAAUUUACAUUUGUUUGCAAUAAUAAUUGGUAUGAUGACAGUCAUACUAACAGUAACCAGACUAGCGUUGAUAAUGCUGCGUUUUUUAACGCACAAUCUCCGGAAGAGUUUAAUUUGGUUAAUGACAUUAAUAUUAACGAAUUAUCUCUUAACCAUAAUUCUGUUUAUUUAUCUACCCUUUGUCCUAUUUCUCAACAACUUUCUCCGUUUUACACGGCUGGUUUAUACCCAUGGUCCUCUUAG